UUUGUACAAUAAUGUUUUAAUAUCAGUCAGUAAAUUUUCAUUUUACUCCACGUGAGAAGAACUUAAAACCCGAACUUUCUAGAUGCGUGUGCACUAGAUAACCUACCUUAUGUAACUUUUCGUUCUUGUAUCGCACAUCAAGUUUUAUAAAGGUUAAAAAUGUAUUCACUUGCUAAACUUAUAAGACCGGUUAAUCGCGUGGUAAAUCUUUCUCCGCGGUUAACUACAUCAUUAUUUAGUACUUCCUCGAAUUUCAGUUCCCCUAAAGAGAUCAAGACUGGUUCAGAGGCAAGAGCACUGUUACUAAAAGGAGUCGAUCUUCUUGCUGAUACUGUUGCUGUUACGUUAGGACCAAAAGGUAAAAAUGUUCUUAUUGAGCAAUCCUUUGGUGGACCUAAAAUUACAAAAGAUGGAGUUACUGUUGCUAAAGCAAUUGACCUACCAGACAAAUAUAUGAAUAUGGGAGCUAAGCUUGUUCAAGAUGUUGCAAAUAAUACUAAUGAAGAGGCUGGUGAUGGAACAACUACUGCAACAGUUCUUGCACGUGCCAUUGCAAAAGGAGGGUUUGAUGCUGUAUCAAAAGGUGCUAAUCCUAAUGAAGUACGCAAAGGUGUGAUGUUGGCUGUUGAAACUGUAACUGCAGGUCUUAAAAAUCUUUCUAAAAAGGUAACAACAUCUGAAGAAAUAGCACAAGUUGCUACUAUAUCUGCAAACGGUGACAAAUCAGUAGGCAAACUUAUUUCUGAUGCUAUGGACAGGGUUGGUAAAGAUGGUGUAAUAACAGUUAAAGAUGGAAAAACUGUGAGCGAUGAGCUUGAAGUGAUUGAAGGAAUGAAAUUUGAUCGUGGCUAUAUCUCACCAUAUUUUAUCAACACAGCUAAAGGUCAAAAAGUAGAAUAUCAAAAUGCGUUAGUUUUAUUAUCCCAAGCAAAAAUAUCGAAUGUUCAGGAAAUCAUACCUGCGCUUGAGCUUGCUAACAGUAACAAGCGUCCAUUAGUAAUAGUAGCUGAAGAUGUAGAUGGAGAAGCAUUGACAGCUCUUGUUCUUAAUCGAUUAAAGAUUGGUUUACAAGUUGUUGCUGUUAAAGCACCUGGUUUUGGUGAUAAUCGCAAAAAUACAUUAAAGGAUAUAGCUGUUUCUACUGGUGCUGAGGUCUUUGGAGAUGAUCUUGGUCUAAAAUUAGAAGAAAUUCAAUUAAAUGAUCUUGGAGAAGUUGGCGAGGUUAUAGUUACAAAAGAUGAUACACUUUUUAUGAAAGGAAAAGGUGAUCCGAAAGAAAUUUCUCGUCGAUCAGAGCAAAUUUUAGAUGAAAUAAAAGCCACUAAUUCUGAUUAUGAAAAAGAAAAAUUUCAGGAAAGAUUAGCUAAACUGGUUGGUGGUGUUGCAGUUAUUAAGAUUGGUGGACACAGUGAAGUUGAAGUAAACGAAAAAAAAGAUCGAGUAACAGAUGCUUUAAAUGCAACACGCGCCGCUGCUGAAGAAGGAAUUGUUCCUGGAGGAGGCACUGCUCUAAUUCGAUGUGCACCAUUAUUAGAAAAAUUAGUUGUAUCAAACGCUGAUCAAAAAGCUGGUGUUGAUAUUGUUUUGGCUGCUCUUUUUAAACCAUUAACUACAAUAAUAGCAAAUACUGGAAUAGAAGCCGCAAUGAUAGUCCAAAAGGUCGCUAGCAACGAAAACAAAGAAUUCGGUUAUGAUGCAGCGACUGGUGAAUUUGUUAACUUGAUUCAAGCUGGAAUUAUCGAUCCAACAAAAGUAGUACGUAUUGCAUUAAAUGAUGCUGCCGGUGUUGCAUCUCUUCUUACGACUACAGAAGCUGUUAUAGUUGAACUUCCUAAAGACGAUCCUCCAAUGCCACCUAUGGGCGGUGGAAUGGGUGGCAUGGGCGGUAUGGGAGGAAUGGGUUUCUAAUUUUAUAAUUCAAUUUUUAAAGUUAUUACGCCCUUUUUGGCUUGGAACUUGUUGACUCGAUGUCAUCAAAAUCAGAAGAGGAGAAUUCUUACUUGUAACUAAAAGUGAGAUUUAAACUGAACAAAAUAAAUUUUUAUACGUAGCAGCGAAAUCCGUGAGCAUCAAGUUGAUCUUGGGUUUCCUAAUUUAUAAAAUUAACGGAUUUUUUUUUUAAAUCUUACAACAUUGAACAAAACAUUGUUUAGCGA